CAUGUCUUCUUGCAGUGCGCGCACGGCCUGUCAAUGCAGAGAGAGUACAUAAUUCCGUGAGGUCAUGUUUUGUAGCAGGACAACAGAAUAGCCAUAAUUUAUUAUCUAAAUAAAUAAACUUAAUUCAUCUUCAUCUUCGAGGACGCGGACUAUUGUGGCGAAUCCAGAAGUGACAUUCUGUAUUUUGUUGACGGAGGUAAGCCUUGUGUUUCUGCGCCGCUGUCCAUGGUAUUGUUUAGCUGUGGGGGAGGGUCGUUUUCACCGCACCGCACGCAAUUUACAGAUGCUGUUUGUUGUAAAUAGAUUAUAAAGGUGCAAUGUAUUCUAUCAUAUUCACCUAAUAGGCCACACGUGUCCACGAUUUAACGUUACUGUACCACGAUAUACUCGAUUGUUGGAUUGGCAUAGAUAGCGCUCAAAAUAAGCGAUCCCGUUAUGUGUAGCACAAUACUGCAUCGCAUAGGCUAGGCUACAUACAGGCUGUAAUAAUAUUACCAAAAAGCUGGCUUUGGAAGUAUAGACUCACUUGCUACAUUGUAGCGUGGUUGGUUAUUGUCAUAUUGUCAAGGCACCGGUGUUGUGUUUUACCUGGCAGCCACAUCUACAUAUAACGGUAAAGGGUCGGCUGGCCAAGGUUAUUAUGACUGUAUUUACAUACCGGGGAUUGUCAGGGCCAUUAAAGCAAUUGAUCACUCCUGAUUAUAAACAAUCUGAAUGGUCAAUAUUUAAGCCUGAAGAUCUUCCCUCAGCCAUUCUUGAAGUCUUGGCAACACGAUGUUCAGUGUACAAUGUUAUGAUAAAGACAGCUAUGCCUGGGAUAUAUUUAGGGUACAAUAACCGUUGGACAGUAUAGGCAUAGUAUUUACAUAUAGUCUAGUGCCAGAAUAGGUCUAAAUUAUUGUAUGGUCUUAUCUGUAUACCCACCCACUUACACAAUAACAUGUUCAAGACUGAAGCCUAUAUAGGUAAUGACACUGGUGAACGAUGUAUUAUUUUAUAUAAAAAUACAGAGGGAAAUGUAGGAAUGAAAUCAGAUGGUUUAUGUGUAUGUUCCAGUGUUAUUUGUUGCUUAGUUAUACUGUAUUAAAGGUCCAAUGCAGCCGUUUUUAUGUCAAUAUCAAAUCAUUUCUGGGUAACAAUGUACCUUACUCGAUUAAAAUGGUAAAAAAGAAACAAAAAUAGUUCAAAAAGCAUUUUCUCAAGCAAGAAUUUAGCUAGCACUGUCUGGGAGUGGCCUGAUUGAGGGGCCUAAUUGGAGGAGCCUAAUGGGAGGGACAUGAAAAUUAGCUGCUAUUAACUAGCUGCAAUAUGUAACUUUUGGGGGCGACCCGACCAGAUUCACAUAGAAAUGUGUGUUAUAGAUAUGUCAUUCUCAUUGAAAGCAAGUCUAUGAAGUGGUAUAUUUUUUCUAUGUGUGCUAUUUCUAGACUUCCCUUAAGUUUAGUUUUUGCGUCUUUUACUUUCUGUUUUGUACACCAGCUUCAAACAGCUGAAAAUACAAUAUUUUUGGUUAUGGAAAAGAUAUUCCACAACAGUUUAGAUGGGACAAUGCAGGGGCGCAACUUUGGUUUUAGAAGUGGGGGGGACAUAAUCCGCUCGGAGGCGUCCGCAUGGUCCUAAAGCACACCGUUGCCUCGUUUUGUAUCACAUUACAAUGAUAAAACUGGGGGAGGCAGAAAUGCAAUUUCAGAAUGUGGGGGGGACAUGUCCCCCCGUCCCCUGUCCCCAGUGAAAGUUGCGCCCCUGGUACAAUGAUUCUCUACACUAUACUUGCUUGUUUUGUCACAUAAACUGAAAUUAAGCGAACUAUUAGAAUUUUAGCAACCAGGAAAUGGAAGUGUGAUUUCUGCAUAGUGCAUCUUAAACAGAGAGAAGGGCAAACUCUCUUUGUUAUUGGUCUAUUAACUUACACCGCCUGGUGUCGCUAGGUGGUCCAAAAAUCCCACCCAUGCAAACAAGCAGACAUUUUUGGUGGUCUUUUCAAACAGCUCUUACACUAAAAGGGCAUUAUCAUAAUUUUCACAAUUUAACGGUAUGAUUAAACUCAUAGUGUGGAAAUAUGUGUAAAACACAGGAAAAUCACGUUUUUGACUGCAUUACCCCUUUAAUAGCUUGAGGUGAGAUUAAUGAUUGUGGAUGUUUUGUCAGAUGUACGCUAUAGUUAGUUUUAUUUAUUUUUUAGUCAUUUUAGCAGACGCUCUUAUCCAGAGCGACUUACAUUAUUUUUUAUACCCCCCGUGGGAAACGAACCCACAACCCUGGCGUUGCAAACGCCAUGCUCUACCAACUGAGCUACAUCCCUGCCGGCCAUUCCCUCCCCUACCCUGGACAACGCUGGGCCAAUUGUGCGCCACCCCAUGGGUCUCCCGGUCGCGGCCGGUUACGACAGAGCCUGGAUUCGAACCAGGAUCUCUAGUGACACAACUAGCACUGCGAUGCAGUGCCUUAGACCACUGCGCCACUCCUGUAUUGGUGGGGCUCAGGAUUGACUGCCAGUGUUGAGGGGCUGUUUAUCAUGUUAAUUAUGAAGACAGAUCAUCAGUCAUUAAACUGGAGUGGAGGCUGAAGUGGAGGGUCGCUGACUGUAAUUGCACGGCUGUAGAUGUGUAGCUGCCGGCCUAACUCACAGGCCCUUGAUAGACUUUCCGAAUAAUGCAAAGUGGAGAUGGACAGAGAAAGGAGAGAGAGGAGGACGGAGUGAGAGAAAGGGGGAGAGAGAGGGAGAGAGCAAGAGAGCUGUUGUUGGUGCAGCCAGUCACUGACUGAAGUGGAAAGAUAAAAUGUAAAUGUAAUAAGAUACUGCAGUUAUAGCCAGUAUUCAUCCAUUUGUCGCAUAAUGAUUACACACAAUAAACAGUCACUGUAACACAUUAACAGGUGCUACUGUUCACUGGUAACUGCAUCUUACAGUAACUGACAUCCAAGAGGUAAGUAGCACUAUAGCUCCAUUGUAUAGCAUAAUGUUGGCUACAUAAGGUUAUGCUUUAUUCAUUAACCAUAGUGUGUUUGUAAAUCAUUAUACAGCAAUUGUUCAUUUAUUCUUUCAGACUUACAGUAUAUAACCUACAAUUAAAAGCAGUACGCUAAGCACCACACUCCAUCCACCUGAACCAUGAUCUUAUGACUACCUGACUUCUGUCUGAUGAUUGAUAUAAAUAAUUACUAUGACACUGUGCGGGUGUGGGAAUCUGUGAGUGUUUACUUUGACAUGGCGGGGGAUGUCUCUGAUGUGAAAGUGUGACGUUAGCGGGACAGAUGGGAUGUCAGAGGAAACAGCAUGGGCUGAAUCAUAUUUAGCCCUUAUUAUUUACGUCACUCUCAUCCAGAGCGACUAGGGUUAAGUGCCUUGCUCAAGGGCACAGACAGAUUUUUCACCUAGUCAGCUCGGGGAUUAGAACCAGCGACCUUUCGGUUACUGGCACAACGUUCUUAACCACUAAGCUACCUGGCGCCCCAUUUAAAAUCAACAUCCCACACCAUCCAUUGUUUAGAUCCAGCUACAGUCCCUAGGGAAAGUCUUCACACCCCUUGCACAGUUGUCACAUUUUGCUGCCUUAUAUUUAAAUAUAAAAAGGAUUACAUUCGAUUUUUUCCUACUGAUUUACACAACCUACUCUACAUUUUCAAAGUAGAAAAUAAAUACAAAAUACAUUUUUUAAAAUUCAUAUAAAAAAUAAAACAUUUCUUGAUUGUGUAUGUCUUCACACCCCAGAGUUAAUAAUUGUUCAAAGCACCUUGGGAAGCAAUAAUUACAGCUGUGAAUCAUAAUGAAUAAUAUUUCACCAGCUUUACACAACUCUUGGAGCAGCAUAUAUCCUUUGUGCUUGGCAAAAUUGCUGAAACUAAGUCAAUUUGGUUGGGGAUCAUUGAUGGACAGCAAUAUUCAAGUCUUAUCUCAGCUUUUCAAACAGAUUUAUGUCAACACUGUAACUAGACCAUUCAGGAACACGCAACACCUAUUGAAAAGCCAUUCUAGUGUGUCUUAAGUCUUAACAUGUGUGUAAUCCCCCUUGACAGGGCAUGUACUCCAACAUGUACAUUUCCGUCUUGAUCUAGUUGGUCACAAUUUUUUUAUCAGAGAUUUCAUAUAUGUUUAUUUAGCUUAAAAGUGUUCAAGUUCGACUGAUAUUUGAAACGAGCUUCCCUUCCAAACCUCAUGAAUGACAAUAAUUAAAACAGGUGAAGGUUUUAAGUUUCAGACCAUGGAAGUAACAUUUCAACAUGGUUUUGAGGGUCUUGAUUGUACAAUGCAAGUUUAACUGCACUCCAGGACUCCUAUGGAUCAGGUUAGUGUAUAUGAGGAAGAAGGAGAUAUGUUUUUUUUAUACAACUUUACAUAAUUGUUAUUCUUUAUGAGCCAACAAACCUUUUUAUAAAAAAAUAAGAGUACUUAACUGAAAGUCGUGCACAGGAGGCACUGUUUCUCUACGAUAGAAGAGAAUGUAUGAAAAUGUAUGCACUCACUAACUGUAAGUCGCUCUGGAUAAGAGCGUCUGCUCAAUGACUAAAAUGUAAAUGUAAAUGUAAUUGUCCCACUGAAAAAUAACAGUGUUAGGUCUUCAAAAGUUUUUACCUGGGCUUUGCCCCUUUCAUAUUUACUUUGGACCUGACACAACUCCCCAGUCCCUGCUUGUGACAAGCAUACCUAUAACAUGAUACUCCCACCACAAUUCAAGAAAAUGUAGAGGGCUUCACUCUGUGUGUCACGCCCUGACCUUAGAGAUCACCUGUAUUCUCUGUUUGGUUAGGUCAGGGUGUGAUUUAGAUACAUUCUAGUGUAUCUAUUUCUAUGUUGGCCGGGUGUGGUUCCCAAUCAGAGGCAGCUGUCGAUUGUUGUCUCUGAUUGGGGAUCAUACUUAGGCAGCCAUUUUGCCUACCUAUGUUGUGGGAUCUUGUUUCUGUUUCGGCUUGUUGCUGUUAGCCUUUAGAACUUCACGUUCAGUUGUUUUUGUUAUUUUGUCAAGUGUUUAUUUAAUAAAUUAAACAUGUACGCAUACCACGCUGCACCUUGGUCCGAUCCUUUAUACAACGAACGUGACACUGUGAUGUGUUGGGUUGGAUUUGACACAAACCUUAGUUUUUCAUUUAGGCCAGAAAGUUAAAUAUGCUGUCUUGAAGUACAGUAUAUCUUAAGGGCCAUGUUGCAAACAUGAGUGAUUCAUUUUUAGCACAGGAUUCCUUCUUUUCACUACAAACAGGCCAGUAAUGUAGAGCGAAUGCAAUGUUGUUGAUCCAUGCACAGUUUUCUCUCAGCUCAGCCAAUGAACUGUGGCUGUUUUAUUUGGCCACAGUAAUAUCCCUGAACAGAUUCCAUUCUUUCCUGCAGCUCAGUUAGGAAGGAUGGCCAGAUCCUCAGUGCCAGGGUGAUAUGAUACACCACCUACAGAUUAUUUACCCAAUGUGACCAACUCAAAGUGUCUAUGAAAUAUUUUGUAACCUCCCCUGAUAUGUGCCUGUCUAAAAAUGAAUCACUGACAUAUUUUUAAAACUAAUUGGUGGGUCUGAGGUCGAAGCAUUGUUAGAAUAUCACUGUCUAACAGAGGGACCUUACAAAGACAGGGUAAGUUAAUAAAUAAUGAGAACCACUACUUAUGCGAAUAGGUGAAAAUAUUUGCUCUUCACACAUCAAGGUGUGUAAAGACUUGCGCAAUCAAGGUAUCUUUGUUUUCUAUUUGUUAUUAAUUUCAGAAUAUGUCUACAAUUUUCCUUACGCUUUGAAAAUGUGGAGUAGUUUAUGUAUAUCUGUAGAAAAAAUAUAUAUUUUAAUCCCUUUUUAGAUUUUAAUUUAAGGCAGCAAUAUGUGACAACUGUGCAAGGGUGUGAAGACUUUCACUAGGCACUGUAAUACAGUACCUCAACCAACAAAUUAAUUGAAAAGAUAAGCACCGCAGAUCUGGAAAUUGCAUGUUGCUUAUUCUCCAUUCAUUUUGGAUUGUGGCACAUACACAUGGCCUGGGACGUGGACUUAUCUCACAAGAAAAUUGCUUUUGAUUUUUGAAAACAUCUGAUCAUCUGAUUUUGGAGUGUAAUGACCCUUUAGGUUUAAGAAGGAAAACUGUAGCAUUGGAGAAGGUUAAUAAGAAGAAUAGGUUAAAGCUAGAAUCGUUAAUUCGUGAAACUGCCAUGUCCGUUCGGGAUAUUACUACAAUAAAGAAGUUAUUGCAAACAACAAACACAUGUAUUUUUUUCUCUGACAUCAUUGCACUCACGAUAGGACAGCAGAAUAUGCACCCCAAAAAACUACCACACUGCCGAAUGCUCCUCAGUUUUCAUCAACAACAAAAAAACUAUAACAAAGGCGCUGGGGGGCGAACAGUGGCGCGGUUUCCCUUAAUGCGGAUUCGAUCUUAAAGAUAGAAACAUAUACACUUCAGAACAUACCGUAGCUACCUGUGUUCUGUAACCUAGCAUAUGUUAUGCUCUCUCUCUCUUUCUCUUUCUGUGUGUGUGUGUGUGUUUGUGCACACUUGUGUGUGUGUGUGUGGGUCCAUAGUACAGCGAGCCUAGUUUGGAUGCCCAGAAAUCAGCUCCUCCAGGUUUCAUCAUGAAUAAAAACAAGCGAGGAGGAGAGAGGGAGUUCUACAGUUUAGAUGUCGGAGAUUCCACCUUCAAAGUUCUGAAGCGCUACCAGAAUCUAAGGCCCAUCGGCUCAGGAGCACAGGGAAUCGUCUGGUAAGUGUAAUCACUUUGCAAUUACUAUUUAAUUGCUGAGAAUAAAAACAAUGUGCUGGUGGGCUCAAAUGGGUAAAAACUAUAAGGCCAUGGAGACUUGGUACAAGGUACUCUUUGAAAAGUCUAUGACUGGCAGAAAACUAAGGGGAUGAAGGACACCCCUUGGUAAUUACACAUUUUUGGAUUGGUAUAGUCAUUUUUGUCUAUAUAUUUUUGUUAUGCUAUUAUUCUUAAUAUUUUAUAUAAUUUACUUUAUGUUCACACCCCUGUUUCAUUUCCUUAUGUGGUAUUAUUUUGUUUAUGUGACAUGUUUUCUUAUUGGUUCUUCUGCAACUCAAACGUGAUUUAUAGAGCCCCCAUGUGGACAUUACAAAUUUUACGCCCUGAUGAAGGCUGACACCCAUGCCGAAAUGCGUUGGCGUUUGUUUGUUAUGUUUUUAACUAUUUCUAACGAAAUGCCAAGAAAAUAAAUGCUUUAAUCAACAAGUUCAUCCCUUCGUUUUCUUCAAGUGCCUUGAUGGAAAAUGUCAGCCCCACGAUACAUUUUUCAAAAUAAAAUAUAAUUUAGUGGUGGCCUUUAUCCCAUUAGUUUUUUCUGCCAGUCAUAUACUACUUCAUGAAUGUUUUAACAGCGGUUUGUACCAGGUAAUUACCAGUAAACAAUGGAAUGCAAAAUAAAGUGUUGCAGUGUAUUGUUUUCAAAUACUUUUUGUUUUAUUUAGCCCCAUGAAAUACUUUUAUUUGAGAUUCAAUUGGUUUCCAAGGUAACAUACAAUUUAAAGCUACAUACCAAAGUACCCCACAGUUUUAAUUUGUCUAAAUACUGUGGUGCUGAAUCAAUGGAGGAAGGCUGAUGCCAAAGCUGGUCUAUCAAUGGCAAAAUGGACCAUGGAAUUCAGUCAUUUGGAGAGUGAAGUCCUCUUUUUAGGUUACGUUUCAAGGUCACAUGCUUUAAAAGACCCAAUGAAAAGAAACACCAAUCAGACAUUCAUUUAAAUUCCUAUUUUACAGUCUGUAUCACACCAUUGUUACAGAAGUGUUCAUGUAUUGCCAUGUUCUUGGUCUUGCCUUUUAGCUCAGCGUAUGACCACAACCUUGAGAGAAAUGUGGCUAUUAAGAAGUUGAGUCGGCCGUUCCAGAACCAGACGCAUGCCAAGAGAGCGUACAGAGAACUGGUGUUAAUGAAAUGUGUAAAUCACAAAAAUGUAAGUCUGCCUACCAACACGAGUCAAUGACUUCUUCCUGCUGUUCUAUUAUGUUCUAGAUGAGACUCUAUGACAAUUAUGCUCAAUUAUGUUUAUGAAUGGCCUGGCUGGACAUAGAGAGGAAAGGAACAGUAGGAAUAUUCUUUUAUGAAUGCAUAAUAAUACUUCAGAUAGAACAGUAAACAGGCAUUUGCCUUGGUAGCUUAUAUUGUGACUAUACAGAGCACUAGAAUGCGGUUUCAGUCAGUCAGCAUCCAGGACUUUUUAUUGUUAUAUUGCAUAAUACAUUUGAAAUUGAAUUGAUUACAAACGUGUUAUGAUGGACUGUUUUUCUUAUAUUGAGGAAACUAAUCUAGCAAGCAUCCUGUAUGACUCGUGUGUUUGUUGUUACCUCUACAGAUCAUUGGCCUAUUAAACGUAUUCAGCCCACAAAAAUCAUUAGAAGAAUUUGCAGAUGUGUAAGUACAUUAAUUGGUGUAGAAUAACAUGAUAAACCUUUGACAGUGUAGGUUACAUGCUGUUAGGAAUUAAGACAUAGGAGGAUCUUUUGAACUGUCUGUCAUUAAUGACAGAAUGACUCUGCUAUUACCAGAAUAACUGUGUGAAAUCUCUCUGCCAGCGCAUAUCCCUCUCUGUUCAAGCCAUCCAGCUGGCUCCACAGUUACCUCAUGAUGUGGGUGUGUGCGCCCGCUUGUGUUUGUGUGUGUGUCUGCGCCUGUGCGGGUAUAUCCUCAUCUCUCUUCCUACCUGUGUAGAUACAUUGUGAUGGAGCUGAUGGAUGCCAACCUGUGCCAAGUGAUUCAGAUGGAGCUGGACCAUGAGAGGUUGUCCUACCUGCUCUACCAGAUGCUGUGUGGCAUCAAACAUCUCCACAAUGCCGGCAUCAUACACAGGGUAAGGCUCAAACUGGCUCAUACACGCUAACGCUAAGCUAACAUGUAGACACGGGGUACGGCUCAGGGUAACACUAAGCUAAUAAUGUAGCGAUUAUGUAGCUCGUCAUUAUCAUUUGUAGCUCGUCAUUACAAAUUCUGGGGCAUUUUUGUAUUUCCAGGAAAAGUAAGCUCAAAGCUCCGAAUACAGUAACUCCUCCACAAAUAGUAGGUGAUAAUGUCAGAGCUUUGAUGUUGGCUAAAUCCACGGGAGAUCAAGAGGAACCUGCUAAUGAUCUAAACACUGCUUUUGCGUCCGAAAUGGCACCCUAUUCCCGGGCUCCAGUCAAAGUAGUGUGCUUUAUAGGGAGGGAUAGAUAGGGUGCCAUUUGGGAUACAUAUUUGGAGCGUGUACACCUUAGACAAGGAUGGGAAAAACCCAAUAACCACCGAGAUCAUUAUGAGAUUCAUCUAGAUUUGUCACGAUCGUCGACAGAUGCGGACCAAGGCGCAGCGUGAUAGGCGUACAUACUUUAUUUGUACACAACAAGAACCAAAACAAUAAACAAUACGUGAAGUCCUAGGUCAAAACACAAACCUUACGGAACAAGAUCCCACAAUGACUAGUGAAAACAGGCUGCCCAAGUAUGGAUCCCAAUCAGAGACAACGAGCUACAGCUGUCUCUGAUUGGGAUCCACCCUGGCCAACAUAGAAAUACACGAUCUAGAACGACAAACCUAGAAAACUAAACAAGGAAAAAUCCACACCCUGGCUCAACAUUUAAGAGUCCCCAGAGCCAGGGCGUGACAAGAUUCUAGAACACUGUAACUGGUUUGUAUGUCAUGCUUCUAAGCUGCUAGCAUACAAGCAAAUCUGUGAAAGAUGACUCACUACACUAUUGUAGUUAAAAUGGUGUGACUCAUUACUGUUGUGAAUAUGGUGAGGAAUAUGGAUGCUGACGGUUUUAUAAUAUAUUAUGAUGACGACACCAACAUAGCUUCACUGAUGUCCCCCAUCUGUCUCUCUCAUUGUUUGGGGAGCAUUAUGUUCCCUUACUAUAAUAGCGAAAACAUAUUGCCAAGACUGCAAUGAUGCUCUCUGAUGGAAUUGUCUGCCAGAGUCUUUUAGUCUUUGCGCUGGAACACACUUCCCAGGCUACAGCCCAAAACAAAAGAAUGGUGGUGUGCAGCUGACAGUCGCCUAAUGACAGUUUUGGGUUGAUUGUCCUGUGUAGGUGUCUGGGCCUUAAAGUAUGCUGCUGCUAUUGAUGAUGAUGAUGAUGAGGAUGAUGAUGAGGACAACGAUGAUAAUGAUGAUCUCUCUUUGUCCCUCCUCUAGGAUCUGAAGCCCAGUAACAUUGUGGUGAAAUCAGACUGUACAUUGAAGAUCUUGGACUUUGGCUUGGCUCGGACAGCGGCUACAGGUUUACUGAUGACCCCCUACGUAGUGACCAGAUACUACAGAGCACCAGAGGUCAUACUGGGGAUGGGCUACCAGGCCAACGGUCAGUACCUGUCAAUCAAGCAACUAAUCAAUUGAUCAAUCAAUCAAGCAAAUAUUCAUUCUACCCAUAAUGAUUGUAUGCAUUAACCACCACUGCAGAAACAAUGGUCUCUUUAUUAACUGCUAAAAUCUAAUUAGCUUGUUUCUGUGUCAUCCCCCCCCCCCCCCUCUCUUCUCCAUGUUGUAAACAGUGGACAUAUGGUCUGUGGGGUGUAUUCUGGCAGAAAUGGUCCGCCACAAAAUCCUGUUCCCAGGAAGGGACUGUAUCCUUAGUGCUUCUGGCUGUGAAUCAUCUCCUUAAGUAAUAAAACAGUUUGCCAGUUUGCCACCAUUAAAUAAUAAAUAAAACAGUUUGCCACCAUUUCUCUUCAGUCUCUCAGUUUCCGAGAUGGAAAAUGAAUUUCACAUCCUGAUUUCCUGCUUUUUCCUUCCCAUUUGACAGAGGUCUCCGUCGCUCGAGACUGGCAGAUGCUGCAUCCAUUUUCACUCUCAUUUACCCGAUUUACUCAUUCAUGCUUUGCUUUUUCUCCUUCAUUCACCAGAUUUAUCCCUCUUUCCAUUUUCUGAUUUAUUUGUGAUAUCCAUUUUUUGUAAUCCAUUCACUUUUUACUCUCUAAUUUCCUUCCCCUGUUUUUCAUUUUUUCUCUCCGUUGUGUUUGCAUGUCAUCUCUCCAUUCAUCGGGUAGUGGACGUGUGGUCAGUGGGCUGCAUUGUGGCUGAGAUGGUCAGAGGUAAUGUGUUGUUCCCAGGCACUGACCGUAUCCUUUCCUCUUUUACCGUGAUAUCAUUUUAUCCUGUCUGUGUGUUUUUACCAUCAACCACUUCCCUAUGGAGCACUCCUUAUGCAUGCCACCCACCAUCAUAUCCACCAUAUCCAAAUACAGCCACACUCCCAUCCUCCCUCCCCAAUAACCACCUCAGCUUCUGCCAGUACACAGAGAUAGUUCUAGAAAACAGAGAUAGUUCUGGAAAAGUAGUUCACUAACAAAGUAAUAGUGUGUGUUUGUGGAGAAGGCUGUAUCUGUGUGUACUGUUUCCCUAACUCCACCUGCUCAGACAUUGACCAGUGGAACAAGGUGAUAGAGCAGCUCGGGACUCCGCCCCAGGAGUUCCUGAUGAAGCUCAACCAAUCAGUAAGGACGUAUGUAGAGAACAGGCCGCUCUACGCAGGAUACAGCUUCGACAAACUCUUCCCUGAUGUCCUCUUCCCUGCAGACUCAGAACACAACAAAUUGAAAGGUACUGGAGGCGUUGUGUGUGUGGGUAGGGUGUGUGUGUAUGCUCGUGCUGGUCUGAACUAUAUUUUCUCUCCAUUCCCAGCGAGCCAGGCCAGAGACCUGCUGUCUAAGAUGUUGGUGAUCGACUCGUCUAAGAGGAUCUCGGUGGACGAGGCCCUGAAACACCCCUAUAUCAACGUGUGGUACGACCCAGCAGAAGUGGAGGCGGUAAGUGUUUAACAAGUGGUACGAUCUAUUGGAGGGGGAACUUGGAAAUUGGACUGAAACGGUUGACACUUUUAGUCAGAAGAGUGAACUACGGUUGAUGGUUUGAUGUAGGGACCUUCUCUACUCUCUUUCUUUUGCUUUCUUUUUCCUCUCAGCCCCCUCCAAAGAUCACAGACAAGCAGCUGGAUGAGCGAGAGCAUACGGUGGAGGAGUGGAAAGGUUAGAGACGUUACUACAACUAUCACUUUUCGCUAGACAUGGGUCACAUACAUAUGUCAACUACUUUGAAAUACUUGAACGAAUUGAACAUACAGUAUAUGCUCGAUUUAUCUUGGAGUUUGCACUUUUAGGACUUCAUUUUGGUUCCAUUGUACCAGAGCAGCUUUCACUUUUCACUACAACAUUUUCACUGUAAUGUUGACAUUUGACUUGUUUUACGACUUUUCCAUGUUAUGUUAUGGUGUGAAACGUGAUGCUGCAGAGCUGGCCAGGUUUAAAGGCUGGGUGUAAAUAUCACUGUCACCGGGUUCGCCUGGCUCAGGGUCCAAUAGGAUGAGGUCACAUUGAUACUGACCCCCCAAUGGGUGUUUAUGAUCUUCUCCCGGUGGUGAUUUCUGUAUUUUGUUACUUGUCAUGAGGGCAAAUCUCUCUCCCUCCCUCCCUUCCCUGUCUUCUAGACCUGAUCUGGAAGGAGGUGUAUGAGUGGGACGAAUGGACCAAGCAGAAUGGAGUGAUCAGAGGACAACCUCCUCCUUUAGGUUAGUUAACACUGUUUCUGAUGUUUUUUUAUUUUACGUAUGUGAGCUGGUCUCUGCUGUUAUUGUAUUAAAUGUCACUCUGAAAACACCAUGAAUAAAACGCAGUUACUGAAAGAGAGCAUGCAGAGCUGACUCAUAGGAGGGAGGUGAAUAAUGUAUUUGGAUGCUGUAGGGGGGUUGCUGUACCCCUUACAGACUCAGAGGGGUUCUUCCGGCACUCUAUGGUGUGUGCCACACAGGUGUAUCUUGCAGGACAGUGUGUGUGUUUGUGCAUGUGCGUGCUAGUACCUAGUACAGGUGUAUCAGUCAUCCUGUGUGUUUCUCGCAGCACAGGUGCAGCAGUGAUUGACAGCUCCCCUCAGCCCGCCUCAUCCUCCUCCUCGGCCAAUGACGUAUCCUCCAUGUCGACUGAGCCCAGUGACCCCACCAUGACCUCUGACACGGAUAGCAGCCUGGACAGCCACACCUCCCUGGGAGCACUGGCCUGCUGCAGAUAACACACGCACACACGCACACACGCACACACACACACACACACACACACACACACAGCCCCAGCCCUACACAUCCGGUAGUUUGAGACACUUAAGGGUCCUUCGUUUCUUUUUGAAAUUUAAUUUUUUCUUUUUUUAAUUUCUCUGUCUCCUAUAUUCUGUAUUGCUGAUUGUGUACAUGCUGUAAAUUAUUUAUUUAUUUUAUUG